AUGCCUCACCAGUAUCCUGGGCUAGGCUUGCCCCUGCGCCACUUUCCGCAAAACGAGCAGCUGGAUGAUGUAGGCAUCAUCUAUCCCAUGGGAAUAGACACGAACUGCUGGUACUCGGAUUCGGCAAUGCUGUUGGUCCGAGAAGUCGCUAUGAUGAUAGUCAUGGAUAAACUCACGGAAAAGGCCGAUUGGCACACCAAGGUCUUUGACGAUGCAAUCGCUAGCAAAUGGAUCGAAGAAGGCCUGGCAAUGCCUUCGGACCAGCUUUACGACACUAUUGUCAAGGGAAAGUUCUCCGGCUACGGCUUUGAGCAUUCCCACCCAAAGAGACUGAAACAAAUACUCAACCGGCCAUGUCUGGAAUAUUGCAUCAAAGAGCUACGCGCCAAGGCCGAGUUCUUCAAAAAGUCUGGAUUAGUCCCGACAUUGGACGCUUCCGCGACCGUGGUAAAGUCUGACUCCGUGGUAGACGAGUCCCUGCAGCAAGAGCUGCGAGCGGCAUUUACCAAGCUUCUGGAUGCGCAAAAAGAUUGCCCAGACUUCCAUCCUGGCACGGAUGGCAAGGUUCGGAAUCUCGUACACCCAUCUCUAUAUCCGCUGGUGUAUGGGAAGACCCGCGUGUUCCAAGAAGAGGUCGUCGGCGUGGAAGACGCUAUAGACACUUGGGCGGGCAAAGGCGAACCCAUUCCCGAGCCAGAAAAGGUGGAUGCUCGCGCCGGGAUGCACCGUACGAUCGGUGGCUCGAUGCCUCCUGCGAAUCUUUGGUCAGAAAACUAUCAGUGGCUCCCCUCCGUUGUCAAAAUCCAGGAUGAUGGCAGUGUGAAAUUCACCAGCUACAUUAACAACCUGCAUCCCAUAAAGCAUCGCGCAGUCUACCAGUCGAUUGAGAGGCUCAUCGAAAAAGCUUUGCCAGCGUGGGACCUAUGCAUCAUAUCGCAGGCACAGUCACGAAUGAUCGACAUGCCAGACACCACUGCCGGCAGAACAGAGCCGAGAUUCCCACUACCAGACAGUCCCGACGACGAGAAUGAAGAUAACUGGGAUGUAUCUCUGAGUGAUAUUCAGCUACCUGAUGCCCCUUCAAAGCAAGAUGACGAAGCAGAAGUUGAGGGAGAUGACGAUGACGAUGACGACGAAAGCGAUGAAGAAAGCGACUACCAUGAAGAGGAAGAUGAGCAGGGUAUCAGAUACGGGGGAACCAGGAGGGAAAUCCUCUGGAAAAAGACGCGACAGCCGGUGCAGCCAGAAGUGCCGCCUUUCAAAGCAUGGAAUUACGGGGCACAACCCAAGUAUUCUCUCAGAGAACGAUACAAAGACUUGCAAGUUAUCGUCAAGAUGGCAUCCAUUGAAUUGACGCCUGAAAAGCCGAGCUUCCCAGCCGGAUCGUGGCACGUGGAGGGACAGAUCAACGAACGCAUCAUUGCCACAGCGUUGUAUUACCUUGACUCGGAGAACAUUACGACCAGCCACCUUGAUUUCCGGAUGCAGACGAGCAGCUAUCAAGAUGAUCUACAGGAUAAGGUUGGCCAAGAUGCAUAUGGUUGGCUUGAGAUGGUUUACGGUACCAGCCUUUCUGGCUCUCCGUGCAUCCAGAACUACGGCAGCGUGGAGACCAAGGAGGGAAGGCUCCUCGCGUUCCCAAACACUUUCCAGCAUCGGGUUUCGCCUUUCGAGCUCAAAGAUAAGACUAAGCCGGGCCACCGCCGCUUCAUAGCGAUAUGGCUUGUCGACCCUGUCAACAGGGUCAUCAGCACCGCUAACGUCCCACCCCAGCAACGAGACUGGUGGAUGGACCGAGCCUUUUCGGGGUUGCGCCAAUCUCAGGGAGUGAGCGUGCCACAGUCCGUUGCACGUCUGAUUGCUGAGAAUUCUGACGCUGAUGACGAUACCGCCGUUCUCAAGGCAUUGGCAGAGGGAAAGGAUGAUGUCCCCCCAGAGCUUUUCGACAUGAUCCGGAAGCAUUUUGGCGACUGGUCAACACCAAUGGGCCGGAAGGAAGCUCUUGAGCAUAGGCUGAAGUUGAUGGAAGAGAGGAGUAAUUCGGAGGCUACGGCGCUAGAUGGUUGGUUUAGUGUUGACUACAACUUUUGCGAGCACUAA